AUGGAUAAAAUCAUAAUACUCGAAAACAAAUGUGGGGAUUACAACCGGAGUUAUUUAUCCAACGUUUCACUAUGGAUAAAAAAUUAUCGGUUAAAUUUGGAGAUAUACUUGAUAAGUGACCUUUUCGCUGGCGUUACGAUGGACUUGGAGUUCCUUAUCAGCAUGCCGAACUCAGUAAAGUAUCAGAAGAUCUUCCAGUACUCGCUAGAUAUGUGCAGCCUGCUGGCCCAGAGGAGGAACAACAUAUUCAAGAGAUGGGUUUCGACCUUUUUUAAUUCUGGUAACUUUAAAAAGUACUGCCCGGUGGAGCCUGGCUUAUACUACCUGAGGAACUACAACUACAACACUCUAUUUAUUCCAAAGUUCUUGUACGCGGGCAAGUACCGAGUGAACUUCGACAUGUUUCAGUUAAGGAACAGCGACCGAGACUUCGUUAUGGAAUGUACCUUUGAAGUUGAAAUAAAGUAA